UGAGGCAUGGAGACAGCGAGCUGCGCUCUCACAUAGGACGGGAGUCCUCCUAGCGCCUGAUUCAUGCAGAGGGGAACCUCUGCCCCCUCCCCUCCAUCCCGCGCUGCAACCCCCAGGGUGUGAUCGCAGUAUCCGGCGAGACGCCCCCUUUCUUCGGACUCUGGAAUUGCUAAAAGAUUGAUCAAGGGGCGGGAGGGCUGCUAGCCAAAGAGGAAAAUAGCCGGCCGGCAAGAGCGUGCGAUCUGGGGAUCUUCUGCGACAAGUCGCUCUACACUGUUAUUAGCAGAGCUUCCAUGUGCGCCUUUUCCUGCCAGAUGUGACAUUGUGUGAGGAGCAGCCGGGGACCCCUCUCUGCUGACCCGGUGACUCCAGAUCAGGUCCUGGAGAGCUGAAUACUGCCUGGUCUUAUAUCUGACUGUCUGUGACACUAGCAGUCGAACACUUUGAAGGCCUAUUGACUACUAGACCACGGCCUCAGCACUGCUUCAACCCAUGGCAGUUUGCACAUUUUCGUGACACCUGCCAAGCUGGACCCCACAGCUGUGCAUCACGACACCUCGGCCGUCAUCGUGCCCAUUUCGCCAGUAAGCGACAAUGCAGUCCUAGCCUGUGCCGCAGGCAUUCAUGAAGAGCACUAUGUAAGCGAAGCUGUGGGACCUGAAGAUGUGCUGGGUCAGAGAGAAUACAGAGAUGCCGGCACCAUUACAGGGUUGUCAUACUAUAGAACUGUGCACAAUGACAGUGACCGUGUCAUGACCGACUAUGUGGAGGUCACCCUUUCCCAAUCCUGAACUUUGGUCCCUCUGUGGGGUGAUUUACCAGAGCAUGCUUGAAGGGAGUGCAUGUGAGCGAGUACAGGCUUCCAGAUGUGUGUAAUAGUACUGACCUUCCGGAAGUUGAAAUCAUCAGUCUAUUGGAAGAGCAGCUGCCUCAUUACAAGCUAAGAGCCGACACCAUCUAUGGCUAUGAUCACGACGACUGGCUCCAAACACCACUCAUCUCUCCUGAUGCCAACAUUGACCUUACUACUGAACAGAUUGAAGAGACCUUGAAAUACUUUCUAUUAUGUGCUGAACGAGUGGGCCAGAUGACUAAAACAUACAAUGAUAUAGAUGCUGUUACACGUCUUCUAGAAGAGAAAGAACGGGAUUUAGAAUUAGCAGCUCGUAUUGGUCAGUCAUUGUUGAAGAAAAACAAAACACUUACCGAAAGGAACGAGUACUUAGAAGAGCAAGUAGGGCAUAUCAGAGAAGAGGUAUCACAGCUGCGCCAUGAGAUAUCCAUGAAAGAUGAGUUACUUCAGUUUUACACCAAUGCAGCUGAAGAAAGCGAGCCCGAGUCAAUCUGCUCCACCCCCAUUAAGAGGAACGAAUCUUCAUCAUCCGUCCAAAACUAUUUCCACUUUGACUCAUUACAGAAGAAACUGAAAGACCUUGAGGAUGAGAACAUUGUUCUGCGCUCCGAGGCUUGUCACUUGCAAACGGAGACCAUCACGUAUGAGGAGAAGGAACAGCAGCUUGUCAACGAUUGUGUGAAAGAACUAAGGGAUGCUAGCAUUCAGAUAGCCAGCAUAUCAGAGGAGCUGGCAAAGAAAACUGAGGAUGCAGCUCGGCAACAAGAAGAGAUCACUCAUCUGCUGUCUCAGAUAGUUGAUAUUCAGAAGAAGGCGAAAGCGUAUGCAGUAGAAAAUGAGGAACUUGUGCAACAUCUGGGGGCUGCAAAAGAUGCCCAGCGCCAACUUACAGCCGAGUUGCGGGAGCUGGAGGACAAGUAUGCAGAGUGCAUGGAAAUGCUUCAUGAGGCUCAGGAAGAGCUAAAGAACCUUAGAAAUAAAACCAUGCCAAAUGUCAUAUCUCGACGUUACCACACUAUGGGUGCUUUCCCCAUGGACUCCUUAGCAGCUGAGAUAGAGGGAACUAUGAGGAAAGAGCUGCAGAUUGAUGAUCCAGACUCUCCUGAGAUGAAUGGCAAUCACCAAAAACGUGUAUUUGAAACUGUGCGGAAUGUGAACCAAGUAGUGAAGCAGAGGUCAUUGGCGCCUUCCCCAAUGAACAUCCCAGGUUCUAACCAGACCUCAGCGAUGAACUCUUUAAUGUCUAGCUGUGUCAGUACACCACGCUCCAGUCUUUAUGGAGGAGAUAUUUCUAAUAUUGUCAUAGAUAAUAAAACCAAUAGCAUUAUACUGGAAACAGAAUCAACUGAUAACAGUGAUGAAGAUAAGAAUAAGAAGCCUGGCACACCAGGAACACCAGGUUCUAACGACCUUGAGACAGCUCUACGACGGUUGUCCCUUCGACGUGAGAACUACCUCCUGGAACGCAAGUUCUUUGAAGAUGAUCAAGAACGGAAGCUGCGCAGCCUAGCAGAGAAGAGAGAACUUCACAGUGGAUCGGUAACGCCAACAGAAAGCAUCAUGUCCUUGGGUACCCACUCCUCCAGGCUAUCGGAGUUCACUGGCUUCUCAGGGAUGUCCUUCAGCAGCCGCUCUUACCUGCCAGAGAAACUUCAGAUCGUGAAGCCCCUAGAAGGUUCAGCGACUUUACAUCAAUGGCAGCAGUUGGCGCAGCCCCACCUAGGAGGAAUCCUGGACCCUAGGCCUGGAGUGGUUACCAAGGGCUUCCGCACCUUAGAUCUUGACCAGGAGGAUGUGUACUGCUUUACAGACUAUGAAGAAGACGAGACAGGUGACAUUCCUUUCAAGAGCUUAACUACCUCAAGUCCCGUCCAUCAUUCAGAGACCUCAGGUGAGAGGUCUCAAGCACAAGUGACUGUGUCUGACAGCAAGAAUUGUCCAAGCCACUCUCAGGCUGCCCCAGAGGACUUGCAAGAGCCCGCGACAGACGAUGAGGAGGGGUCUGUGCACCAUCCUGGAAAAUGUUUGUCUCAGACCAAUUCCACCUUCACGUUCACCACAUGUCGGAUUAUGCACCCGUCUGAUGAACUCACGAGAGUCACUCCGAGCCUUAACUCCAUGCCCACUCCAGCUAUUGUCAACUUCUGCAAAUCUACCCCAGCAAGCACACCAUGUACACCUAGACGUCUCAGCUUGGCGGAGUCUUUCACUAAUCUGAGAGAAUCAACAACCACUUUGAGCACAUCUCUUGGAUUGGUAAGGCUCCUGAAGGAACAGGGUAUUUCAGCAGCUGUGUACAACCCCCAGAGUUGGGAUAGGGCGGGGACGGCUUCAAUAAUGUAUCAAUCUGUUCCAAAAAUGGCUAUCAUACCUUCCACUCCUCCAAAUUCACCUAUGCAGACACCAAGCUCCUCUCCGCCUUCUCUAAACUUCAAAUGCACCAGCCCACCCUAUGACAACUUCCUGGCUUCUAAACCUGCCAGCUCUAUUCUGAAGGAGGUGAGAGAAAAGAAGAAUAUACGAAGCAGUGAAUGCCAGACUGAUGUUUCUGUGUCCAACCUAAAUUUAGUGGAUAAAGUGAAGAAGCUUGGAAUUGCCAAAGUCUCAGGCCCAACACUUGCAUCUUCUGCAUGUGACAGUCCGGUUCUUUGUGAUGCGCAGGGAUCAGUACGGGCAUUUGUUCCUGGAGGUCUUAUACAAGAAGGUAUACCUUACCCUGCUGCAACAAGUUCUAUAGGCGGAAUUCAGCUAAACACAGGAAUUAGAAGGAAUCGUAGCUUUCCAGCCAUGGUAGGUUCCAGCAUGCAGAUGAAGGCGCCAUCAACAUUGACACCAGGUAUACUGAUGGGGACUAAAUUACCCAAACAGACUAGUUUACGAUGAAGAACAUCAAGCUACUGACAACCUUUUCUGAUGACUAUAGAGGCUGUUUGCAUUAGCCCUGCAUAUUAUCUACUGAAACUUCUGCACCUUGUGCUCAUCUAUAAAGCCAAGACUUUCUUUGGAUCCCCUCCUAUCCCAUCCUUAUACUUUGCACUGACAAAUCAACAUUGUGCCUAGAUGAGAAGUGAAGAGUGUACUUUCUAUAAAUAUGUAGAUAAAUGUCACAUAUCUAACUAAAAUUAUUUAACCAGUUGGAAACCAUGGCUUACCAAGUUUGCUGUAAUAUUGUAGAUAUUGAUAAUAAUGUACAUUAAGUUAAAGGGCAGGGUGGGAUAUUGUAUGCACUGAACCUAAAGGACUGUUGGGACGGUAGAAUGCAAAUAUAGUUUUAGUAUUAAAAUUACCGACCAAGGUUUUUAUUUUAAUUGCAAGGAAGCUCUCACGUAGGGAGGUGUGAUAUAUCCUAAAGGCAUUUGAAUAUGUUGUCGCUGUGUUGUAAAAGUGUCUCCAUAUUAUUACAUUGAACAAGUCUGAUAAACUAUAUACUGAUACUAAAGGUGCAGGUCACUGGUCUCACUACUGUAAUGAGGAGCACAGUGUGUUAGUAAAGUGUAACUGUCAUUGAUUAAUUAUUAAUUUUUUAAAUAUGUAGGGCAAGUGAUAAAGUAUAUUGCAAAAAUAAUCAUAAUUUGUUAAUUUUGUACUUUUUUAUGUAAAUUUUAUUACAAAACUGCCUCGUACAUUGUCUUUUCACAGUGAGUUGCUACAGAAAACCUGUCUUUAUAGUUCAGCACAGCGCAGUACUGAACUGUGAAGACACUACAAGCCCACUGCGCUGACUGACUAAUUGGCCGCCAGGAGAUGCAGGCGAUCGGGCAGUGAUCUUCUGCAUCUUCGGGCGGCUCGUUCGUCAGCGUGCCAGGCAUACUAAUUUAACGUACACAGUCAGCGCUCACCACUGACAGUAUACAUGUCAGCCAGACAGGGCAGAGUAUAUAUGGUGAGUUUUAGUUAUAUAGGAGGGAGUGAGAUUGGCAGCAAUAAACGAGGAGGGUCUUCCCUGGAUUAGGGACAACUUCAGAGGCAGUUUUGUAAUGAAAAUAAAGUAUAUUGCAAAAAUAUUCAGAAUUACGUGCCUUACACAUUUAAGAAAUAAAAUUGACAGUUACACUUUAAGUAAAUACUGUACGCACUACUUUCAGUUCACUUCAUGCAUUUUAACUUUUGUGAACAAAAUAUCACUAAGUUGGAGGUAGCCAUUGUGCUAAUUAUUGCUAAAUUACUAAUUCCAAAACAGCAAGUAUCGGCAUGCUGCUAUGACGGAUCUGUUAUAGGACGGAUUUGAAUAGUGACUGAUGGAGUCCUAUAUAGAGGUUUUGAUUGCAAGAAUGGUGUUACAAUUUGAAUAUUAUUGCUGUCAAAACUGUGACCCAGACAGAUUGUCCUAGCGCUGGUUUGAAUAGAGCCUCUAUCUGUAGUGCCUAGUAGUUUCACAAGUACUUUAUAUAUACAUUUGGAUUUAGUUUACUUCUUAGUCACCUUAAAAUUAUUAUUUAUUAGGUUUCUUUUAGUUUCUUUCCACUUAGCACUGGGACCCAUUUCAGAUUUUACCUAAAAAGGGAUUUAAAGGUCACAAAAUAAGCACAGGAUAUAAUGAAAAGCUUAUACUCUGUAGUUGAAGUCUAGAAAUGCCCACCCCUCAUGGAAGGUAUUUAAUGAAAUUCUUGGUCAAUGGUGGGCUAAUGUUUUAUAUUUUUAUUACAAGAAGGUCAUAGAAGUGUUAGUGCACUAUUAAACUUUUUUUUUAUUGUUUAGGUUAGCUAGGCUUUAAAGUAUUUUAUUAACAGGCUCGUGAUAACUUUAGCCGCACAAUUCACCUAUAAUCAUAAAUUAUUAAAAAAAAUAUAUAUAUAUAUAUAAAAAAAAAUCAAUAUGGAUUUUUUACUUGAAUUUUGUUUGACGUUGUUCCAGGUAUGCUUUGCUAUAUCACAACAUCCUACUUGUUACCUGCAUUGAUCAGCAUAUGAAUUUUAUUAACUUCAGUUUUCAUUCACUUUUCAUUUCUUACUUGAAAAAUAUUAUCUUUCCUGUAGUUUCCAAUUUUAUGCAGAGCAGAGAAAUAUGUAUCGUGCAUUUUUUCUGUUAAUGCCAAUAGAUAGAGGCAUAUAUCUCUGGGAAUGCACAGGGACGCUGUCAUAUACAAUGCUGGCUUUAGUUAAAGGGGUUCUAUGUAAAUUGUUAUAGGUGUUUUUUAUGUGAUUUAUUUUUUUAACAUCCAUCCAUUGCUGAUGCUAAGACAAUUUUGGUUGCAUAUUAGUUAUCAUACCUGGUAAUCACUUGGCCUACAUCAUGACAUAUACUGUAUGCGAACAAUCUGUUUUAACAUGUUGUGCCUGAAGUUGAAGCCAGAACAACUUGCUGUAACUUUUCGCCUAGUCGUUGCUCUCAUUUAUCUCUUGGACAUCCUCCGAGUCUUCUGGAUCAGUGGCAUCUGAGAAUCCCGGCAUGUCAACUGGUAUUCAACAAGUAGAGAGAUGGGAGUUUCUUCCUUCUUUCUUUGUAUUAUUGACUCCUCUGGUUGUGUGCCUAUUGCAAAGCAAAUAAUCUUAACUGUAUUUUUUAUCAGAAUGCAUCUUUGGCAGUAAUUAGUCAAAUUAAGCAUUAUUAUGAAGCCCUUGUUGUGCUCCUUGAAAUAGUGGAUGUCGCCAAUGAAAAUGUUAUCACAAUUUGCUUUUCAAAUAAUAAACUUUGUGAACUGUUUAACUUUG